UUCUGGGGGCUUAGGGGACCAUAUGGGCUGCCCUGCCCACUGUACUUAUCACUCCAGGGGCCCUCUUUCCUCUUCUGUAGAACCAGGUGAAGAAUGCUUGACUGCACUUUAUUGGGCUUAAUUUCUUUUCUAAUUCUCAGGUGUCUUGAUUAUGGGCGACACAGGGCACUAAUCCCUCUUGAUUCUUGGAGGUUGCUCAGGGACCGUGUGGUACUGUCCCAACUCUCCAGCAGGCAACGUAUGUGCUCAUUCAUUGAGCUCGCUCCUCGGCCCCAAAGGAGAAAAGGAUGACCAGAAGCCUGGCAUGAGCAAAAUUAACCUAAUUUCGGUUUUCACUUUCCCGCCAGACCCGGUAGUUAGGGUUUCAUCCAGGCCAUCAAACUUUGGGCUCUGGCAUGCAAAACAUCUGGACCGUGACCCUUGAGCUUUUAUUUCUAUUAUUUGGCGUGUUUUUUCUUUUUUUUUUUUAAGGUCACAGCCAAACCGGGGGUCGCUCCGCUCGAGGGACCACGCAAGCAAGCGUGGUAAGAGCCUGUCUCUCCAGACUCCGUCUGGAGGUUUGUUUUUUUUUAUCUAGGGUGUGGUGUUUGGGGGCCACACCCGGUGACGCUCAGCGGUUACUCGAGUUCUGCACCCAGGGAUCACCCCUGGCGGUGCUCGGGAUGCCGAGGAUGGAGCCGCAGGUCGGCCGCGUGCCAGGAAAACCCUCUCCCCGCUGUACCAUCUCUCCAGCCUCCCCUCCGGAGAUCUUAAACGGCAGCUUCUCCUUUACCCGCGGAGGAGACCCCAGCGAGGGGGGACUGGCUCCACUCGAAGGCUCACGGUCGCCGACAGGCGCCCCCAAGCCCUCUGGGAAGUGGAGUCCUCGCGCCUGGACCCCCGACCCGACGCGGGCGCCUCCGAGUGCGCAGAUGCGAGUCCGCCCGGAGCCGCGGGCUGGAGCCUUUUGUCUCCCGCGGCUCGGGGUGCGCGUCGGCGCCUCCUUCCCGCCCCCCGCCCGGCCGGCCCGGGCCCGGGCGACAGAAGAGCUUCAGAGCUGAGCUGAACGGUUUCUGCAAAGAAGGUUCUGAAUUGCUGGAAAAUCCCUGCCUUUGAAGAAACUGAAAUUUGAUGGUAACAGGAUAAACCAGAAGCUGAUCAUGGAUUACCUGAGCAUUGAGGUUGAGGAGGAAGCCCUGAGGACAGAGGAUGCCGUCCUGUCCCCAAACCAAAGCACCGAAGAGGUGGAGCCGACUACAGAGCCAUUUCCUGCUGAGUUUCAGGAGUUGGUGACUGUCAAGGGUGAGGAACUAGACUUGGCCCAUGAGGAGGUGGACGAGCUGAACUCAGCCCAGAGGCACAUGGGUAUGAAGAUGGUGGUGGACAGUUGUGGGAGCCUGGUGUUCUGGGAUUCUGAAUCUACUCCUGAAGCGAAUGAGUCCCUUUCAAAGCUGGAGGGUUAUGAAAUAUCACCCGAGAGGGAUCUGAUAAUCGAAAGGCUGAAGACCGAUGAUUUCUGGGACUCCAGGCUGAUUGAAACGUGGGCGUGCGAGGGCACGUUGGAACGGCAGCAGGUAACUCAGGCCAGAGACUUAAGGCACAUCAGAAGCAAAUACACCAGAGGCCCGAUGGACAGUCCUCAGGAAAGCGGAGAGAGCUCAGCGCCCCGGGGGCGGCGGAAGGCCGAGUCGGUGCGGAAGCCUUGGCAGUGCCGGGAGUGUGGCCGCUGCUUCCGUUACUACUCGGCCCUGGUCCCGCACCUGCGGCUGCACUCGGGGGAGAAACCCUUCGCGUGUCCCGGCUGCGGGAAGGCCUUCGGCCGCAGCUCGGCUCUCCUGCAGCAUCAGCGGACCCAUGCGGGGGGCACGGCGCCCCCACGCCGCCGGGGCCACCCCCGGGAGAGGCCACACCUGUGCCAGGAGUGCGGGAAGGCGUUCUGCGGCGCACCGGCUCUCAGCAGGCACCAGCGAGUCCACGCCCGGGACAGACGAUGUGGCUGCCGGGACAGUGGGGACGCCGUCGGGGCCCAGCACCGCCAGACCCACGCCGGGGAUGCGUGCCACCCAGCCGGGGCCCUGGCUCGGCCCCCCGGGACACGCGGUGGGGAGAAACCAUACCAGUGCGGGGACUGCGGAAAGGCCUUCGGGGACCGCUCAGCCCUGGUCAGGCACCAGAGGGUCCACACGGGAGAGAAGCCGUACCAGUGCCGGGAGUGCGACAAGGCCUUCAGCCAGAGCUCCUCCCUCACCAAGCACCUGCGGACGCACACCGGGGAGAAGCCCUACGCCUGCAAGGUCUGCGGCAAAGCCUUCAGCCAGAGCUCAUCUCUCAUCCAGCACCAGAAGACCCACGCGGGAGGGAAGGCCUGCAAGUGCGACAAACGCCAGAGAAGCCUCGGGGUGCGAGCGGCGCUUUAUCAGCACAAAGAAAUCCUCAGUGGCUAGAACGGAGCCAACAAACCCAUGCAGUGACUCUUGGUUUUUGGUUGGUUGGGUUUUUUUUUUUGGUGGGGGGGCACCAGCGAUGCUCAGGGGUUACUCCUGGCUCUGUACUCAGGAAUCACUCCUGGCGGUGCUCGGGGGACCCUAUGGGAUGGCGGGAUCGAACCCAGAUCGGCUGUGUGUAAGGUAAGUGCCCUCCCGGCUGGACUGUCAUUCUGGCCACCAUGCUGUGAUUCUUAGCUCUUAAUGGCAUAAGACCAGUUCUAAAUAUUACAUGCUAGAUGGCAAAAACGUGACGUGAAACUGCGACACACGCAGGAUGGCUCUCUCUGGACGUUCCCUCAGGUAUGGGAGAAGACAAGAAGUCAAUGUGGAUGUAUCAGUUACAAACUCAAAAUAGCUGAAGGGAAAGAGGAGAGGAGGGUUUCCGGGGCAGCACAGAGAAAAUCUGGUUUAAUGAGAGGAAUAGUAAGGAGCUGCAUGCCUAGUGCCAGCAGGAAAACUAGUCACAGAGCUGACGGUUGUUACUUGACGCUGCUGGCUCUCUAAAUAGGAAAUUUUUUUGGUGUUGUGUUGGGGUCACACCCCGCUUGCUCAGGGCUUACUCCUGGUGCUGCACUCAGUGAUUAUUCUUGUUAUUAUUGCUUGGCGGACCAUAUGUGGUGUUGGAGAUCAAACCCAGGUGGUCUACAUGCAAGGCAUUUCAGUACCUUCCCCACUGUACUGUCCCUCCAGCCCUCUGAAUAGUCAUUUUAAACUAAAGCUAGUGAGAUUAGAAUCCCAGAAGGAUAGCACCAGAAAAUUUUCUAAGGAAAUGUAAAUUAGGAAAAAUACCCCAGAAUAUUCUCCUUUGCUGUUCCUGUACUAUGCUUUUCCGCUUAUACAUUUGCAAGCAUUUAAACCAGCAGUUUUAACCCUGCAUGUAUAUUGAAACCAACUGAGAUGUUAAGCAGAUGUUAAGACCAGAGCAAUGGGACAGAAAGUGGCAUUUGCCUUGUAUGCAGUCACCCUGGGUUUGAUCUCUGGCACUUCAUAUGGUCUCCUGACCCCACCGAGAGUGAUUUCUGUGUGUCGAACCAGGAAUCAGCCGAGCACAGGCAGGUGUGCCCCUUCCCUCCAAAAUAAGUAACAGAUAAAGGGGAACAAUGAUAAAUUAGACCUAGUGACAAGUUAAACCUUUUGUCUGCCCCCUGAUAAAAUUUGAAGAAAAUGCACAGGCAACCCACAAAUCUGGAGAAAAUAUUUGCAGGUCAUACAGUUGACAGAGAAUUAUGUCCAGACUCGAAAUAGCGUCUACAGACAAUCAAAUGGGUCCACGGGGCUGAAACUUCAGAAAAUACAGACUUUUCAUUGCCGCAUGAGCACGUGCUGAAGAGCUGACGGCAAUCAAAGCCACGGCAGGCCGGAGCUGAAGCACAAUCCCCAAAGGCACAGUGGAUGAGCAAGUUACAUCAAGUUCUUGGAAGUGUGAAACAAAUCACGGUAGGCUGCACGCCCCCCUCUUUGGAAGAUGCCCAUGUGCCCUCAUCCUUGGAACCUGCAGAUAGGUUUCGUGUCCUGGCUGGAGGAAGUUUGUAGAUGCAGGUAAGGUUAGGGACUUAAAAGACACAGGUGACCCAGAUCACCCAGGAGCACCAUCUCUAAUUGCUUGGCACCUGGAAAAGCAGAGAAUUGGCCUGGAGGCUUAAGGGAUGAACUGAAAGACGUUCAGAGCAUGAGCAGGAUUUGGUGGCUCACCCUGGCUUGACGGUGGAGCGGCCCGAGGGGCUGCAGACCCCUCCCCCAGAGCUUCCUGCUCAGAGCUCAGCCCCAGGACAUUCUGAUUCAGCCUGUGAGCCCCCAAACGGCUAGAUCUACCUGGGCUGCUGCCCUGGAGAACAGAGAUAAUAAACGUGUGUUGUUUUGAGCUGUUA